CGUGCACUGAUACAUAAAGAACUGCAAGAGCUGAUUCGCGUUCUGUCCAUAUUUCUUUCAUCCAGCUCUUAAAGCCACAAUACAGUAAGUGGCCAAAUCAGUUCUCUGCAAGUUUAAAGGAGAGAAUGGCAUCCUUGUGGAAACCCUCUCAGGUCUCCACAUUUCCUCUAUAUCACUAAUCUCUCAAGGCACACAACAGCUGAGGUCUGCCACAUGCCUCAAAGACCCAGCAAGCUAAUGGGUCCCUUUACAAGAUGUAUGUCAAGGUGGAUUCUCCGCACUAUAUUCCUGACCAUCUUCUUUACAUUAAUUUUUAUGGUUUAUGACAAAAAUCAAAAUGGCAGCAGUGGAUUGCUCAAGAAAAACAUCACCAUACUGUUGUGGCACUGGCCAUAUGGCACCCAGUACAACCUAACAGGGGAUGUAUGUCAGAAGGACUAUGGCAUUUCCAGAUGUUCGUUAGAAGACAAUCACAAAUUCUAUGAGAGCGCCGACCUGGUGGUCUUUCAUCACUUUGAAUUGAAGAUGAAAAGACAGCACCUGCCAUUGGAUCGCCCUCGCCCUGCUACUCAAAAAUGGGUGUGGCUAUCUUUGGAGGCACCACAAAACAACGGAGACCUGUGGGCAUACAAAAACCUUUUCAACCUGACCAUGUCAUAUCAUCCUCAAGCUGACAUCACUGUGCCCUAUGGGAAGAUGUUGCCCAGGGAGAAACCAGGUCUAGACUUUGUUAUAUCAAAUAACAAGAGUUAUGAAGCUUGUUGGGUGGUCAGUAAUUUCAAGAGACGUCACAAAAGGAGCACUGUGUUCCAGGAGCUAAAGAAGAACCUUAACGUGCAAUUGUAUGGCCUUUUCGCCAAAAAGAAACUACCUAAGGAGAUGCUGCUCUCCACAAUAUCAGGCUGUUAUUUCUAUUUGGCCUUUGAAAACAUAGAGUCUCCACACUAUAUCACAGAGAAGCUCUGGAGAAAUGCCUUCCAGGCUGGGACUGUACCUGUGGUGCUGGGGCCGCCACGCAGAGACUAUGAAGCUGUGGCACCUCCUACAUCCUUCAUCCAUGUGGAUGACUUCAAGUCCAUCAAGGCUCUGGCCAAGUAUCUCAGAGACCUAACUAAAGAUCCAGAGAAGUAUAAUGCUUAUUUCACGUGGCGACAAAACUAUACAGUCAAGCUGUAUACAGACUGGAGGGAGAGACUGUGCAAUAUAUGCCCUAUAUAUGGACAAUUUCCAACUCAAAAGGUUUAUGAGGAUUUAAGAACUUUGAGCAAAUGGUAACAUAUAAAGAAUACUUUACAUUUUGCAUGUUGUUUCCUGUGUUUAAAGGUAAAAUAUGUCAUUUUUGCACCAUAGAGGCACCAAAGAGAAUUACAAGAAUGAUGACUGUUUUCAAACUCAUCUUCUGUCUGCCAUUGGUCAAAAAUAGUUCCCACCCCAAUCAGCACACCAUUGGUUGUGGCAAUGUUGCUAUGUCGGGCUGGUUGAGAUGCUCAAACCGAAACAACUUGAUUUCUAAUGAAGACCCGUCUUUCCAAAAUACCUUGAAAGAACGAACUGAAAGUCAGGAGGAUGUAUGAUGCAUCCAAUGCAAGAUUUGAUCUUCCUGUUGCACAACUGCCAACCGAGACACAUUUGUUUUCCAGUGUGACAACUACUGCCUUUUGCACACACAAGUGUCAGCAUUAUUAUAAUCACACCAGUGAGGUUUUGCAAGACUAGUGACACGUUAAAAGAAUAAAG